CGGCCGCCGACGUAGUAAUUAAUUAUCGUUAUUAUUGCACUUAGCAACGCAACGGACCACAACAAAGCAAAAACAAAUUAAAAAUUUUAUGAAUGAAUUGCGAAUUGCUUAAUAAAAGUGCGAAAAAGGUGCUAAUUAUAGUGUUAUUCAUUUGACAAAUUUCAAGGUCAAUAAUUAGCUGGCGUCUUUUUAGAAUUACGAUUAGGCGGCAGCGUUCUAAGGGGAAACUAAAGAAAAUAACAUAGUUAAAUAUUUUAAAUACAGAAAGGCAAUACUUAAACUAAAAUCAAUAUGUCUUCAACGAAGUUCAUUGCUAUUCUGCCUCAACCUACGCAGCCAGGGGACAAAGUGCAAAUUAAUGGAAAAAUUUCUGAUGGAGCAAAAGAAUUUUCCAUCAACUUUGCAAAUGAGGUUAACGAAAAUCCACAGUCUGUCGCUUAUCAAUUCAAAUGGGAUCUAGCUAACAACGUACUAAUCGAGGACUACAAGGAAAAUGACGAAUGGAUGAACUACAAAGAAACGCAGUUCGACACAUUAGAUGGGCCGGAAUUUGCCCUAGAAUUCGCGUUCCAAGAUGAUGGCAUCUAUGUAUACUCGGUGUAUGAAGAUGGUCGAAAUUAUAUCACACAAUUUCAACCCGAAAGCGAUUUUCAAUACAUUGAAUCGGUACAGGUGUGGGGCGAUGUGGAAAAAAUUACACAAUUAUCAUUCAUAUAUAAUUAAGCGCCACUUGCAAGGGACAAUGUUGCCAUAUCAAAUAAAUGCAUAUUGCAUUGGCGAAAAGCAAUAUCAAUGGAACAUUUGAUCGGCUAUCGGUUUGGAAAAUGUUAGUAAGAUGAGCUACAUACUUACAUAGUUUUAAAUUGGUUUGCAUGAGCAACUAAAUACUAAAUUAUUUAAUACCUAAACUCAUUACAAAAAAAAAGGUAUUAUUUUGGAUUGAUUUCAUGCUUUCGAAUUGUGUUUGUCCAAGAUUUCACAUAUUUCACUUAUUUAUUUGCGACUUUCCAUUAAUGGCUAUAUAUUUUGAGUAGUUUCUUAGUUCUUGAUUUGAUAAAUUAGAAAUCACCCAGCAGUAUUGAACCGAAAAGUAUUAAACACCGACACUUACAUAUGUAUUGUAUAUAUUUAACCUAAUCUUAGGCGCAGCUCACGGUUGUAAAGCAGCAAUUACUGGCACUGCAAAGUCUCCCGUCGCAAGUGAAGUACACCGCCCCACCCCGCCCACCAGCACCAUGCCUUGUUAAGAAUUCAAAUUUGUUUACGUUUCUUAGCAUGCGUUAUUGCCGUAAAAUGCACAAGUUUAUCGACAUAUAUUCAUAUUUAUUAAUUAACUUGUAUACUUGAGCACCGGCCAUUCGCGCGUUUAAAUUUCCUGCCAUAAUUGACGCUGUUCAGGGGCGUAACGAAAGCCCAACGCUGUAUGCUACAUAUGUAUGUAUGUAUGUAUGUACACCUGCAUACCUUUAACGCGGCUCUUUUACAAGUGGCUAUCAGUUAACUUUCGCAUGCCCACCCGCCCACCUACAUAAAACCUCGCUGCAAUCUAAGCCUAAGUCAGUGCUAAGUUUAAGCUGUAUGUAUAUAGUAUGCAUUAAUAUUUUUUUUAUUUGAUUAACCAACGAUU